CGAAAAGUUCACGUGACGUCAGCGUCCGCGCGCAGCCGCAGCCGGUGGAGAGAAGAUGGUGCUCAUCAAGGAAUACCGUGUGGUCUUACCCUGCUCAGUGGAAGAGUACCAAGUUGGGCAGCUGUACUCUGUAGCGGAGGCCAGCAAGAAUGAGACGGGCGGAGGAGAGGGCAUUGAGGUGCUGAAGAACGAGCCAUACGAGAAGGAGGGAGAGAAGGGGCAAUACACACACAAGAUUUAUCACUUGAAGAGUAAAGUUCCUGGGUUUGUAAAGAUGAUUGCACCAGAGGGGGCUCUGGUGUUCCACGAGAAAGCCUGGAAUGCCUACCCGUAUUGCCGAACCAUUGUGACGAAUGAGUAUAUGAAAGAUGAUUUCUUCAUUAAGAUUGAGACGUGGCAUAAACCAGACCUGGGGACACUAGAGAAUGUUCAUGAACUUGACCCAACCACAUGGAAAACGGUGGAGGUGGUACCCAUUGACAUAGCAGAUAGAGAGCAAGUGGCACCUGGUGACUACAAGCCGGAAGAGGACCCUGCCUUGUUCCAGUCUGUGAAAACUGGCCGGGGGCCUCUGGGUCCCAACUGGAAGAACGAGCUGCUCGCAAAGACAGACUGCCCACGCAUGUGUGCCUACAAACUGGUCACCGUCAAGUUCAAGUGGUGGGGCUUGCAAAGCAAGGUGGAGAACUUCAUCCACAGGCAAGAGAAGAGGAUCUUCACCAACUUCCACCGCCAGCUCUUCUGCUGGAUUGAUAGCUGGAUAGAGCUCACCAUGGAGGACAUCAGGCGAAUGGAGGAUGAGACGCAGCGUGAGCUGGAGGAGAUGCGUCAGAAGGGCUCCGUGAGGGGCACGACGGCCACAGAAGAAUAGCUACAGCCAGUAUAGGUCAGAGGCAGGCUGACUUCGCAAAACAGGUCAGGUUCGAGGCACCAGUGCUGCGAACGAACAGUAAGGCAAAACAAAACCCCUCCAUGAUGACACCAUCGACGAUGGCAACAAAUCAAGUUCCAAACAGACAAAACAGUGGGCCAGUUGAGAGCUGUUUACCUCUCCUUAAUUCUGGGGUUGUUACAACACAUCAUUAGUACUGUACCCAGCCUCAACAUAAUCAAGAGACAUUUGCUUAAUAGGAAAUGUACUGGGUAAAAAAGGAUCCUUUUUUACUGUGGAUAAUGUGGAUAUGCAACAAAAAAGCAUGGUUUCCCUUUAAAAAAAAAAAAAAAAAAAAAAAACAUGGCUAUCAGUUUGUUUCAAUUGGUCAUUUUUGUUAUUUAAUAUUGGCAGUUAUUGGACCAAUUUUGUUUAUAUGUUGUAGUUUAAAAUCUUGUGAAUUUGCUGUCAGGGCUGUUACCAGUUCUGUUUUUUUCCCCUCAAACUGUCAAACCUUCUCCUGAAUUAAGUGCUAAAAAGCUUGACUUUUCACCUUUUGGGACAAAGAUUGGUUCGCAAAGUUUUUUUUUUUUUUUUUUUUUUUUUUUUUAAAUAAUUUAUAAAUGCAUAGUUUGUAUUCAUCUUUUCUUGCAUUUCUAUUUGUUCUACUUGGCCAGAGUGGAAGGUUUUACUUUAUGUUCCACUCGCUCAGACUAACACACAUGGAUAAACAUACACAGUGAGGGCAGUCCUGCUCAGUAGGGUUGGGCUUCAUCUCCUCCAGUUGUGCACACCAGUUGUAAACUGGUUAAUAGGAGCUUCUCGGACACCAGUAGUUGGAGGCAGCUAACUGUUGCAGUUUUAUUUCAUUAGCGGAGAAAAAUGUAUUUGUAAGCCACUGCUGAUGUGAGUGAGGGGGAAGGGGGUGGCCAAGGACAAUGUUUUGACUUCCGAGCAAACCCCUGUGAGCGCCCUACAUGUUUAAUUGUGCAGAGUGGGCCCACUAGCUACUCCAGUUUACCACCCGCUUAACAUGUCAUGCAAAUGUCUGAAACCACGUUUACUAAAGUUACCUGUCACUAAGCAUGGUCACUUUUUGGCUUUUGCCCUUAGUGUGCAGUCAUGUCUGAGCAUUACUACACUUGCCACCAACAGAGCGGUGGCUAAGACAUGGACAUUUAUUUAUUGGUCCUACUUUGCUUUUGUUUCAACAUCUUGAAAGUCUGAUACCAAGCCCUUUGAUACAGCCUGAAUUUUUUAAAUCUUUUAAAUUUUUAGCAGCUAUUCAGUUUGAACCUUUUUAUUAAUUUCUGUUUGGUUGAAAACAGAUUCAGUGCUACAGCAAAUGGUUGCAGGCCAUUUUGUCUCCCCAGUGGAAGACUGGUCUCUUUCUCUAAGCGGCCUUUCUGUUGGACAGGAUAGCGAUAUGGAAUCCCAGGCAAGGGAGACGCAAGAACUGAUGAAUAAUUAAACAACCUGUACAGUCAAUCACGAUUAUAACACCUUACUUGCAACGUUGACUACUGUUAAUUUUUUUAAGAAUGCAUUUAAAUGUCUUUGUUUAAUCAUCCGUUGAACUUCAGGGGAAAUGGUAGUGAAUGUAUGCUAUAAACUUUUUUCUUUCUGCAGCCUUGGAGCUGUAACACAAAAGGUCUAGACAAUGAAUUUAACAAAAUAUCAAAUAAAUUUCAACAGAA